GCGUUGGGCUGGGCAUGGCGGCGGCUGCGGAGGGCGUCCCUGCUACGCGACGCGAGGAGCCGGCUAGAGAUGAUGCUGCGGUGGAGACAGCUGAGGAAGCCAAGGAGCCGGCCGAAGCUGACAUCAAUGAGCUCUGUCGAGACAUGUUCUCCAAAAUGGCUACAUACUUGACUGGGGAACUGACAGCCACCAGCGAAGACUAUAAACUCCUGGAAAAUAUGAAUAAGCUCACAAGCUUAAAGUACCUUGAAAUGAAAGAUAUUGCUAUAAACAUCAGCAGGAACCUCAAGGACUUAAACCAGAAAUAUGCUGGACUCCAGCCAUAUCUGGAGCAGAUCAAUGUGAUUGAGGAGCAGGUGGCGGCUCUCGAGCAGGCAGCCUACAAGUUGGACGCUUAUUCAAAGAAACUGGAAGCCAAGUACAAGAAGUUGGAGAAGCGAUGAGAAGUGUGCUUUUGUGAACCAGGUGGUUAUUUUUUUUAAUAUGGAAGAAUGUUUUAUGACCACUAAAUCCUGAGGCUGGCGAAUCAUCACAGUUCCUCGGGAGAAAUCUGCGCUGGUUAAUCCCAAAGCCUUGUGAUGCUGGAUGAACUGGAGGGCUGUGGCUGCUCCGAGUCUCUGCCGAGGCGGCACCUCACACACCCAGCCUGGGAACUGCUCCUCACCUUAUACUUGAAUGCUUCAUCAUCCCUACAGGAGGGAGGAGACUCUAGAGUCCAGGUGUACCCGGGCUUGCCGGCAGUCAAGUGAGAGUACUUGCCUGGUAGUGGUCAGCUAGCACAUGAUUUUCUACAUGGCUGGGGGUUUUGUUUUGUUUUCUAUUGAUGAUGCUAAUGUAUUGUUAACAAGAUUCUAAAUUAAAAAGGAAAACAAAACAAA